AUGCAGGGUGAGGCUAGGCAUCAGGAGCAGGUCAAGAAAAAUCAAGAGUUUGAGCUCAUGUUUAGGAAUCAGGGGUCCACCAUAAAGAGUCUAGAGAGGACCGUGGGAGAGAUGGCCAAUAGGAUGACUGAGAGGCCAGUAGGUACAUUCCCUAGUAGUACCCAGACUAACCCAAACGCCACUGCAAAGGCAGUGACUACUAGGAGUGGUAGAGGGGUAGAAGUAGAGAAGCCGGUCGAUGAGGUCGAGGAACCGGUUGACGAGGAGAUUGAGAUGGAGACUCCUUCUGGCGAUGUGCACCCUAGGCUGCGCCCAGCAAGUACAACACAGUCCAGCGAGUCUUCGGGAGAGAAGAAGAAGGAGAAGGAGCCACUUAGAGUCUAUAAACCCACAGCUCCUUACCCUGGUAGGCUUUUAGCUAAGAGCGAUUCUGAACAGUAUUCACGGUUCUUGGAGAUGCUGAAAAAACUCCAUGUGAACCUUCCUUUCAUCGAGGCUCUAGCUAAAAUGCCUAAGUAUGCCAAGUUCCUAAAGGAUCUUCUCACAAAUAAGAAGAAACUGGAGGAGCUGUCUACUGUCACUCUUAGUGAGGAGUGUUCUGCAGUCGUGCAGAACAAGCUUCCUAAGAAGAUGACCGACCCAGGGAGUUUCACCAUCCCGUGUCUGAUCGGAGACCUUACUGUCAGCCAUGCGCUGGCCGACCUAGGAGCUAGCAUUAACCUCAUGCCUUACUCCAUUUUCGCUAAGCUCAAUCUAGGGGAGCCAUCUCCUACGCGCAUGAGCCUUCAACUCGCAGAUCGAUCUGUGAAGUUUCCACGUGGUAUCGUAGAGAAUAUGCUUGUCAAGGUUGACAAGUUUGUGUUUCCGGUGGAUUUCGUCAUUCUUGAUAUGGACGAGGAUUCUAAAGUUCCACUUAUUUUAGGACGUCCAUUCCUUGCUACCGCCCGAGCCGUCAUUGAUGUUCUUGAUGGUAAGCUUACUCUUCGCGUCGACGAUGAUGCAGUCACCUUUGACAUCCAACAUUCGAUGAAGCAUACGCCGCAGCAUGACGACACUCUUUACUUUAUAGACACUCUUAUGUCACAUGUGGGUAGUUUUCUCGGUGAGGUUUGCGGUAGAGAGUCUAUAGAGACCCAGAUGUUAGGGGUAGAUGUCGAGGGCAUUGAGUUGACCGAGUUCGACCUAGAGCAGGAUUCACCAUUACCAUCUAGCGAGCCAUCCAUAGGAUCUGAGUGUUCUAAGGUUUCUGAGGUGUUCGAAGUGUUAGAGAGAGAGGCUCCUGAGGAAAAACCAUCAGUGGAGAUACCCCCACCUCUAGAGCUGAAGGAACUGCCAUCUCACUUGGAGUAUGCAUUCCUUGGCGAGGGAUCUCAGUUGCCCGUCAUUAUUUCAUCGAGUUUGACGGAGGAGGAGAAGGAGAGACUGAUGGUUGUUUUGAGGGCGCACAGGCAUGCUAUUGCCUGGAAGUUAGUAGAUAUCAAGGGUAUUAACCCUUCCUUUUGCACCCACAAAAUUCUUAUGGAGGAGGAGUAUAGACCAGUGGUACAGCCGCAGAGGAGGCUGAACCCCAAUAUGCAGGAUGUGGUGAAAAAGGAUGUGUUGAAGCUACUCGACGCCGGCCUGAUUUACCCGAUCUCUGAUUCUGCAUGGGUUAGCCCUGUCCAGGUAGUACCCAAGAAGGGGGGUAUGACUGUGGUGGUGAACGAGAAGAAUGAAUUGAUACCUACCAGGACAGUCACCGGAUGGAGAGUCUGCAUUGACUACCGCAGACUUAAUGAUGCCACUCGCAAGGAUCACUUUCCCUUGCCGUUUAUUGAUCAGAUGCUUGAGCGACUGUCGGGGCAGCAAUUCUAUUGCUUCCUUGACGGUUUUUCCGGUUAUUUCCAGAUUCCCAUCGCACCGGAGGAUCAGGAGAAAACCACCUUUACAUGCCCCUACGGCACCUUUGCGUACCGACGCAUGCCGUUUGGACUAUGUAAUGCUCCGGCUACUUUCCAGCGCUGUAUGGUGGCCAUCUUUCAUGAGCUUAUCGAGGACUCCAUGGAGGUUUUCAUGGAUGACUUUUCUGUUUUUGGGAGUUCCUUCGAUUCGUGUCUGCGUAAUCUAGAUCGAGUGCUAGCUCGUUGUGAGGAGACGAACCUGAUGCUUAAUUGGGAGAAGUGUCAUUUUAUGGUUCGUGAGGGGAUUGUGUUAGGUCACAAGAUUUCACACGCGGGGCUUGAGGUGGAUCAGGCCAAGAUUGAUACGAUUUCUAAGCUCCCGCCGCCUACUUCUGUGAAAUCUAUUAGGAGCUUCUUAGGUCACGCAGGAUUCUAUCGCCGCUUUAUUCGUGACUUCUCUAAGAUAGCUAGGCCUAUGACCCAGUUGUUGGAGAAGGACAGGCCAUUUGUUUUUGAUGCCGAGUGCACUAGGGCCUUCGAGUUGUUGAAGGAGAGGCUUGUUACUGCUCCCAUUCUUGUGGCUCCCGAUUGGAGUUUUCCGUUUGAAGUCAUGUGUGACGCUAGUGAUUCUGCUGUUGGAGCCAUCUUAGGGCAGCGUAGGGAUAAGCAUUUUCAUCCCAUCUAUUACGCUAGCAAGACCCUAAACGAUGCUCAGGAGAAUUACACCACGACUGAGAAGGAAUUGUUAGCGGUCGUGUUUGCAUGCGACAAGUUUCGGUCCUACUUAGUGCUUUCUAAGACCAUUAUUUUUACCGAUCACGCUGCACUUAGGUACUUGUUCGCAAAGAAGGACGCGAAACCCAGGUUGAUUAGGUGGAUUCUCUUGCUCCAGGAGUUCGACAUAGAGAUUAGGGAUAAGAAGGGAGCAGAGAACGUGGCUGCUGACCACCUAUCUAGGCUUGAGAAUUCGGAGAGUGAGCUGUCUAGCGGGGGGACAAUAGGCGAUUCCUUCCCACAUGAGAUGUUGAUGUAUGUGAGGGCCCAAGAAGAGGGCUAUCCCUGGUUCGCAGAUUUUGCGAACUACCUGUCCACAGGAGAGCUUCCACACGAGAUGCCAUACCAGCAGAAGAAGAAAUUCUUUGCCGACCUUAAAUUCUACAUAUGGGAGGAUCCUUAUUUGUUUAGGAUAGGUGCGGAUCAGAUGGUUAGGAGGUGUGUGACUAAACCCGAGACUCGUAGUAUUCUUGAGCAUUGUCAUUCGGGGCCCGCUGGUGGCCACUUCGGGGGAGCGUAUACCGCUAAGCGAGUGUUUGAUUCGGGGUUUUAUUAGCCCACCAUCUUUAGGGACGCCCACGAGUUUGUUCGUAGUUGUGAUGCUUGCCAGAGAGCCGGCAACAUCUCAUCCCGGAAUGAAAUGCCCCAAAACCCCAUCCAGGUGGUUGAGAUUUUUGAUAUCUGGGGCAUCGAUUUCAUGGGACCCUUCCCCAUGUCACGUGGGAGUCGUUACAUCCUUGUAGCUAUCGAUUAUGUGUCUAAGUGGGUAGAGGCGAAAGCUUUGGCCACUAAUAGUGCUAGGGUUGUAGUGAAGUUUCUGAGAGAGUUGUUUUCUAGAUUCGGCACUCCUAAGGCCAUCAUUAGUGAUCGUGGCACCCAUUUCUGUAACUCGCAGAUGGAGAAGGUGUUGAAGCGCUAUGGGGUCACCCAUCGGCUCUCGACUGCCUAUCACCCUCAGACGAGUGGACAGGUGGAGAAUGCCAAUCGUGGCAUUAAGC